AUGAGUAACAGCAAUCGUUCAUCGUAUAUUCGUGUCGAAGAUCAAAAUCAAUCGGCAUUAAACGAGCUGUUCUCAGUGGUGAACAAUCCUGCACAAUACCGCGCACAACUCCUAUCGAAACCGUUCCGUGAUCGAGGUCUACCCGAAUCGUUUUUCCAACCGCCAUCAUCGUCAUCGAACAAUAGUUUGCCGAAAUCUGCGGCCACGUCAUCGAACUCAAUUAACAAUGAUCAAAAACAAGAAGAAGAAUCACCCACUGUACAACGUCAUCAUGCGAAAAAUCAACUCAGUUUACCAAAUAUUCCAUCACAAUCGACAACGCUAUUGCGAACUAUUAUAAAUAAUAAUCAUGUCCAGGGCCAUUUACGAACUGUUAGUGAUACAGCUGUGCUUGACGGACAAGGGACAACUAUGACAUCGACAAAUUCCACAUUAUCACAAAUAAACUCUCAAGUAUCAUUACUUCCUCUACCCGAUGGAUGGGAAGAAAAACAAACACCCGAUGGUCAAGCUUAUUACGUAGAUCAUAUGACACAGAACACAACAUGGAUGGAUCCUCGACCCAAUCAUUACGCAGCGUUUCAAUCAUUUUGUGCAACACUCCCGUUACCUGAUGGUUAUGAACAAUCACGUGAUGCACGCGGCAAUGUUUAUUUUAUUGAUCACAAUCAUAAACAAACUUGUUGGGACGAUCCACGACCAAAUUAUUAUCGUUCAAUGAUGACAAAACGACUCGAUAUACCGACUCCGCCGACGCCGGUAGCUAUUCCGCAAUCAUCGCCCUCACCGAUUCCAACGUCAUCAUCUCCAUUUCAUCAACAAAGACUUUCUACAGCAACGCUUUCGCCAACAACAAGUAUGGCUCAAUUAUCAACUAAUUCACCGCCCGUUGAUUCACAUCAGCAAGAUCGUUUGAAAAACAAACUUUCGGAAAUUUUAAACGAACAACGUAUGCUACAGCAACGAAAGGAAGAACUAGCACGCAUGGAAGCAGAUGUACGAAAAAUGCUCAAUCAACAAAGUCAUGCUCCCAACGAUCAUAGAGCACUGGAUUCGUUAAUCGAUGAUUUAUUGCAUCAUAAGCGACAAAAUAGUGAAGACAGCGGUGUUGGUGAAGGUCGAAACAGUGUCAACCGUACACCCGAUGCGUUGAGCUCAAUGGAUUGUAAUGACGAUCCACUUUUUCCUAACCAAGCAGAUUCGAUUCGUUUUGUUACAAAUAUAUCCAUCAUUGCACAGGCGUUCAUCGUCGUGUCACAUGGUCAGGAUUACGCCACAUUUCCCGUGGAAAUGGAUCAUCCGGUGCAGGAUCCUCGACCAGUGGGAGUAUUGGGUGGUUCACAACUUAAAAUGAAACCAAUCAAAUCAAAUCAUCCAUGGCUCUAUCACAAUAAUUAA